AAAGAGACAAGAGUAUGUAAUCACUAUGGUGAAUGGUGAUAGGUGUCUAAAUUCUAAACAAUUGUUUUCUUGUUUUCAAAGAAACCUUUUAUUUGACGAUUUUGUUUGUUGAGUUUAUUGUGUUCUCGUCUCGUCUCAUAAGAAACAAAAUUGGUUAUUUACGAGGACCCACGAAAUAUUUUUGUUAUAACCAUGUUAUCUUACGAGAAUAAGGUUAUCCUAGCACCUAUGGUGCGUAUUGGUACUUUACCCAUGCGAAUUUUAGCUCUUCGCUACGGUGCAGAUAUAGUGUAUUCCGAAGAACUGAUAGACUGGAAAUUUCUACGUUCCAAACGCAGGUAUAAUGAUAUUCUUAAUACAGUUGACUUUGUGGAUCAAACAGAUGGAACAAUAGUUUUCCGAACCUGUCUAGAAGAAAAAGAAAAAGUAGUCUUGCAGCUUGGUACUUGUAGUGCUGAGCGAGCAUUAAAAGUCGCUAAACUUCUGGAAAAUGAUGUAGCUGCUAUUGAUAUCAACAUGGGAUGCCCUAAAGAAUUUUCUAUCAAAGGUGGCAUGGGUGUUGCUCUUCUACAAAAUUCUGAUAAAGCUUGCCAAAUUUUAAAGACUUUGGUCAAUAAUCUUUCCAUACCAGUAACUUGUAAAAUUAGAAUAUUUGAAACACCAGAGAAAACAUUAGAAGUUGUUAAAAAGCUGGUGAAUACUGGAAUAAGUGCCAUUGCUAUUCACGGUAGGACAAAGGAUGAAAGGCCUCAACAUUUUGUGCAUACUGAUAUUAUAAAAUAUGUGGCAGAAAGGAUAUCAAUACCUGUCAUAGCCAAUGGUGGUUCUAAAGAAAUAGAAAAGUAUGCUGAUAUAUUAAAAUUUAAAGAAAUGUCUGGUUGUACCAGUGUAAUGCUUGCAAGAGCUGCUGAAUGGAACUGUUCUAUAUUUAGAAAAGAUGGAAUGUUACCUAUGGACACAGUAAUAAAAGAAUAUCUAAAACUUGCAGUUGACUAUGAUAAUUCACCAUCAAACACGAAGUAUUGUAUUCAAAAUAUAUUGAGAGAAUUGCAAGAAACUCCUAGAGGACGGAAAUUUCUUGAAUGCCAAACAUUAGAACAGAUAUGUGCUAUAUGGGAUUUGGACAGUUAUUGCCAAGAAAAACAAAGUGAAUAUCAAAAAAAUGGUAUUCAAGGAAGGUGGCAAGUAAGCCCUGAUGAUUUAGAGCCACCAAAUAAAAAGUUGAAAGUUGAAGAAAUAAAUCUUGAUGGGGUAAUUAAAAUGAAGGUUUGCUUUAUUCGGGCUAGUUUUAAUGAUACCAAUUUGCCAAAAAGUCAGUUACAUACCUGGGCUGGAAAAAAUGGUUUUGACCUACCAAGUUAUAAAACACAUCAAAUAGAAAAGUUAUUUUGCUCAGUCCUUACAUUCAAUGGCCAGAAAUACACUUCAACAUUUUGGGAGAAAAAUAAAAAAUUUGCAGAGCAAGGAGCAGCGUUAGUUGCAUUAUUUCAUUUGAAAGUAAUAAGGGAAGAAGAUUUAAUAAACUAUGGAAGUAUAAUUAAAUAAGAACAAAGAUAAAUAAAUAUUGAUUUAUUUAUAACCUUAAACUUUCAAUAAAUUAUAAUC